GUGCGCCUGCGUUUCUUUUGCGAGGAGCCGAGGAGUCAUGUUGCCGAUUGCCGGCGGACGGCUCGACGGUGCGAUGACCGCCGCGAUUGUCCGAUGGCCACCGCGUACUGGGCGAGGUGACGAAACCCCCAUGCCCUCCGCUUCCCGCCGCAGUCGCCGCCCUAUCUCCUCCAAGAGAGCUGACCCCCACCAUCGAAUCCAAGCCCCCCUGCUGCGCCGUCGCCAGAUCUACACCCCCGAUGAGCUCGCUGGGUGAUACACCCCCAUUUCUCCUCUCCACGGAGAUGCUCCAGUGCAGUGCGCCACACGACCUUGCCGAGCUCGUGCUUUGCAAGCUCGAGGGUAGCGGCGCCGUUUGGCGCUCGCGUAUCUGCAGAUGGGCUCGUUCUUUACAGCCCUCAUUUUGGGCUGGCACGCGAGCAAUCAGGUACAGUACUAGGCAAAAGUGCAUAACAACAGUUUGGCUUGCUAUGAUUUUAUUGCGGGCAUCGACUCUGCUCACCAUCACCGUCGAUUGGUUGUUUGGCUUGCUACUGCCAGUGGCUCUCUUCGUACGUAUUGGUUUGUGCAGGAGUGAUUUGAUAAGUUGGUUUAUAUUUCUGCUGUCAAUUUCUGAAGUUUUGUAGCUCCAAUUUGAUGUUUCAGUUUGAAAUUUUGAUGAACAGAUAAUGAAAGUAAGCUAAAGUUGCUCUGUCAGGAUUUUAUCUGAUGCACUUCCCAAACAGAGCAAUCUGGGCGAGUAUAAUUUCACUGGUUUUAUACUUUUAUUGGUGCACUGUAUUUUACACAUAUUUUACCAGCUGUGUAACUUCUCACAGAUGUAUAUAUUUACGCGGUUGCCAAGCGGGGCCUUAGUGUUUGAGUUAGUCGUUAUGGUAAGGACCGGAGUUGAGCGAACUGGUUAAUACCUUAACGAGAUAUACUGACUACUGAGUCAAGCCAAGUUGAGUCAGCUCGAUUCCUUAUAAAGUGCCUCAAUGUGAAUAAUAAUUGCAAAAGAAAGAAGAAGAUGAAAACUAACUACUUCCUCUGUCCGGCUUUAUAAGCCACCCCCUUUGAAUUUUGAAUUCACUUUUUAACUCAAAAAUUUGAUAAAUAAAACAUUACUUAUAUGCCAAAAAUGCAGAGAGAAGAGGUUUAGGCCAUGGUCACCGCAGCCACACUCGACACCGUUGGAUGUAACGCUGCUGACAUAUGGAUUAGGGACAUGUUUAAGUUCAAAAGUGUAACCAGCUCCAUCAGUAGGCAUGCACAUGCUCUAAUUUUUUAACCCUGAUGGGCGGGCACGCGGCUCUGUACUGUAGCAAUUGAGCGCCAAGCCCAGGAAUUCAAAAAAGGUGAUAUUUUUAUGAACCUUGUCGGUUGUGUUCAUCUUGCUAUCAUUUUUCGGGUGUUAUUCUCCUGAAUGAGCUUGUGAGUAUUCGGUUGCUGGAAAAAAAAAUCAUAUGAGGAACAACAUCUUAUCUAGUUUGAAAACAUAACAUUCAAUUGGCAGAUAUCCAGUAAAAAUCUUUUGCGGGAACUUCAAGACAUAACAACUUAAAAACCGGACUAAGAAUCCUGGACAUUUCCGCUUGCUACUUAUUUUAAUUUCUAUCAGUUAGUUUUUGUGACUUCAAUCUUUUUUCUUACAGUUUAAUAUCACUGUCUCUCACUAACUAAAAAUUCAGUUGAUUUUCACAAGUAAACAUCAUUGAUGAAGAAAAAUAUUUGCUUAACAUGCAAACUGAGCAGUAAGCGACGGAUAAACCCCUAUGAUGUUACCAUGUACAGUAGGUUUAAUUGCCAUCUAUAGACCUGCUAAAUCUCCCUUGAUGGUUCCCGCCAUCCUACACAAUAGGCGCCAGGCACAAAUCCCUGUAAAGUGUAGCAGAUGAGCGGUAGUGAGCGUAGGUUCGACUGAUCCAUGGUUUUGCCCAGCAUUUCUGGAAAAUGUAUACUGAUGUGGUCAAAUUUAGGCUUAAAUUUUCAAGGGACUAAUAAACUCGGAUGGAGAAGUAGCUAUUUUUCUAACAGAGGAUGUUAGGCAGGCGAUGAUGUUUGUAAUGCAGUCCCGUGGAUCCGAACGGGCUGUAUAUUUGAAUAGCUUGCUUGUCGUUCAGCUUAACAGGCUAGCUAGCUGUUGGAACUAUUAUUAAGUAUUAACGACAACCUCGUUUGCUGUUGGUCAAGAUCUAACCUUGGUCUCUGCACAUAUAGGCAUAUAUUUUACCCCAAAGGCCCUGCCUUAGGCCCAGCCCCCCCAGCCACCAAGCCUUGGUUAGGUGAUGUCAGUAAUCUGUUCAGUUUGCUGUCGCUGCUCUUAGUUCCUUCCUGCUCUGCUUGGUGUGUCUAAGUUGAAUUAGAUUCGUCUCCUGUUUCCAGCGGUACCCUGAGCAGGGCGUCUAUUACCUGAAGGUAAGAUCAAUGGAUCCCUCGAGUUCAUAAAGGCAUACUAUUUUCUCUUCAGUUUUCUUUUGUGCACUGAUAGCACACGGAUUAGCUGGCUAGAGUACCAACCUCUUCCAAAACAGUUGUAUCCAUAAUAUGGAGCAGAUCGAGCAUGCAGCUGAUAGUCUUAUUGGACUGACCGCAACUCUUCAGGGGGAAAAUGCCACGCCGUGGGAAGCUUGUUGAUGACAGCGAGUGGAGUGAAGUAGAGUUUGCCAACAGUUAUGCCCUGCUCAUCGGGUACCUGUCCAUGGCCGUCAAGGGCCUGGGUUUUCUGGUGCUUACUUGGACCACUGUAGUUCUUCUGGGUGGCUACGUCUCCACAUUGCAGAAGAAGGAUUUUUGGUGUCUUACAUUCAUUACGCUAGUACAGACAGCUGGGUUAGUGUUGUUACUCUUCAAUUCGUGCAUAAUCACUGCUCAAGUUUGUCCUAAUUUUCCUUUGGAAACUGUUUCCGUGGUUAAUUCUUUUCCUAAUUCUAUUUCUGAGAAUUUUUAUCUGGUCCAAUCUUUAUUGUGUCUGCAUCUAACUUCCGUACAAACACCAGGAUCUUCGAUGUUCUUCUGACUGAAAAGCUGAGCUAUAUUAUGGAUUCAGUUUUGGCCCUUUUAUAUGUUCGGGUUGCCGUGGUUGGCCACAACGAAUUGCAGAGUAAACGCCAGGUGCUAGCAGAUGUUAUGGCGAUUGUUCAACUGUUAGUAUUUGUCAUUCUACUGUGCCCACUGGCAGCUGUCUACAUGUUUGGGUUGUUAAUCUCCGCGGGGAUUUCUGUGUGGCGUCUGAGGCAACACGAUUACGGGAGUGAUGCUGACGGACUUGGAAACCUGAAGCCGGCGCUGGACGUCUUGUAUUCCAUUGCUCUACUCCAGGGUGUGAUUUUCUGCUACAAACCUUAUUUGGUUUUGCAAAGGGAUCUGUAGUGAAUGCAGUACUUAAAAGAAGGGGGUUUGGGAAUCACGGACUACUUACUUGAAACGAUGAUUGGAUGUGAAAAGGACCCUUCGUUCGCUAGAGGAAGAAACCUCAUCACAUAUGCUGUCGACCUGAUGGGGUCCAAGUCACCUGAUGACUAUGUUUCCGGGGUAAGGAUCCUGGAUGCAUUUGCCAGAGGAAUGGAGAUAGUUGCCAAGGGAUGGGAAGAAAAACAUCUUGUGAGCUGUCGGAAGAAAUUUUACGAUGUUCAUGCAUGAGCACAUACUCGUGAAGCAUCUGAUCAUGUCUGCAUCCUCCACCAACGUACUCCAGAAACUGCUGCAGACUUUAGACUUGAGAAGCAUUCAUGACAGAGAGACGAGAGGGCAUGCUGCGAGGGUUGUGGCCAAGAUUGCUGGAGGCAUCCAUUUGGAGGAGUUCCCAAGGGGGGUCGACUACAUAUCUUCCCUCAUCGACUCAUUUGAAGAAUAUAGUUUACUCCAACCAUACCAGCGAGACUGGUCAAAAGAGACAUUUGACCAAAAUUGGAACAUUAUGGUUGACUACUUGAGAUCACCAGAUUUUGAUGAUAAAGAGGACAGUGAUGAGGACCAGCGAGAGGACAGUGAUGUUGACCUUCUCAACGCCUACAAGGAGCUAAUGGUGCAAGGCUUUCGUAUCCUUCAGAAGCUUGCAGCCAAUAAUGACAACUGCAGAGUCAUGCUCAACACCCCACGCCUGCUCCAAAAGAUCAUGGCGCCUGUGACCUCCGACUUACUCCACCAAAUAGAUCAUGAUGAAUGGUCUAGCAUAGUAGAGGGUUCAGUCAAAGUGAUUAUCCGGCUCGUGGCUGCUACUGGGCAGACUGGCACCAAGCUGCGCAGCAAAAUCUCAAGCAGUAAGGAAGUGAUCAGCACCAUGGAGAGGAUUCUCGAGUGUGACAAAUGCAAUGAAAAGCUGCAGAAACAUGCUAUUCAGGUUCUCGCGUUCCUAUACUAUACAUGGAUACAUCUUUGAUCCCCGAGAAUGCAAACAGAGAAAAAUUCAUAGAGAUGCUGCUAGUAGACAUUAUAACUGAUGAUAACAAGGACAAAAAGGACAGAGGACUAACAGCAGCUCCUGCGUUGAUGGCUCUAUGCUCCAAAACUGAAACGGGUGCCAGGAGUAUCAUUAUGGCCAAUGAUAAUGUCGUUAAUAGUCUCGCUAUAAUGAUUCUUGAAAAGGGUAGUUUCCAAUUUACUGCAGCAAAAAUCCUGAAAUCUCUAUGUAUUCAUCACGCCAAUGAUGAUGCAAGUCACAAAAGGCUAAAGAAAGUCAUGAGAGAUGUAGUUCCAAAGGUGCUUGAAGAGAUAGUUUGUUGGGCAUCAGAAGAAACACGUGCAGUAAUAGAAGCUGACAAAGUCAGGUCCACGGAACCAGAAACUGACCUUGAAAACCAGUCUGGUGUUCCACAAGAUAAUGGCCAGGGCAACAGCACGUCUUCCUCUAAUCAGCAAGACCACAAGAUGACCGAGUAUGGGGUGACUUGCAUGUUAUCCUUUUGUGUCACAGUAUGCGACACGUUGAUCAGUGCAGAUCAGGACUUGACUCCUCAGUUUGAAUCAACUAUCCCUAUGGAUGAUGGUUUAUCUAGCUUCCCAAUGAAGCUCCAGCAGAUUGUAAGCAAAAAUAUGCAUCACAAGCCUGACUGCCUGACAAUUGUGAAGCUUGCAUGUAAGAUGGUCAUAUCAAUGAUGAAACACAUGGGCAGCUAUGUCAAAGAGGAUCUGCAGAGCUUGAUGGAUACACUGUCCACCGCUUCGAAUGACAUGUUUCUUCUUGAUGGCUCCAUGGUUUUUGACAUUACGGAAGAUGACGAAACGACACCGGGGCCUUUCAGGAGUCUCGCUUCCCUCGUGAAAGAAGCACAGGAACUAGUUGACAAAAGGAUUGAACUUUGAUGUUGAAACUGUAUCAUCUGGAAGCUGUUUAAGUUAGAACUUAUUAUUCACUUGCUUUCAGUAGCCUUUAUUCAUCUUUGAAACUUUGUGACUGCGACAAUAUAUCUAUGAGUCUCUAUUUGUAUUUUGAGAGAUCA